AAGAGGACUUUCGAUAAUUGAUGACUGAAAGAUUUAUUAAUUCAAUUUCUUUGUGAAAAGUGAAAGAUCUGCUAUAAAUUAAUUAUAAAAACACAAAAAUUAUAUAAAUAGUGAACGCCCCUACGUGCGACAAUAUAGCGUUAUAUAGUUUUGCGAAUAUCAUAAUUUGUAGCCAAUCUUCAUGACUAAUUAUCAAGAAAUAGUUAAUUUAAACAUAGGUGGUACAAGAUUUGCAACAUCAUGGCAUACCUUGACUUGGGUACCAGAUACAUUUUUUACAGCUUUACUCAGUGGCCGUAUUCCAACGGUGCGGGAUGAAACAGGGGCUAUAUUUAUUGAUAGAGAUCCAAACCUUUUUGGUUUAAUCCUUAAUUUCUUAAGAACAAGGGAUAUAGAUUUGAACAAUGUGAAUAUAAGAGCAUUGAGGCAUGAGUGUGAUUAUUUUGGUAUAACACCUCUAAGUAGGCGGCUGGCCCUAUGUGAUGAAAUGAACCAUUCAUCAUGUGGGGAUGUACUAUUUUAUGGAUACCUUCCACCACCAUCAAAUCCUCCAAUAAGCAAUGGAAGCUCUGGGAGAAAUGGAAACAAUGGUUCACGGAAGAAUCUUACCGCAUCUAACUCUGAUGUGGCAUCUAUUAGAUCACACUCUAGGAACUCAUCACUGGACUUAAGGACAGUAGGACGAAUUCCUUCACAAGAUCAACUAAGUCGAUGUGGCAGGGGACACUCAAGAGCUGCAUCUUUAGGCAAUGCUGAAUGUCAUAAAGGUCUUAAACAAAAUGAAAAUACUUGGUCAGAAAACAUGAAGGUUCAAAUAAUAAAGGCCCAUCACAACUGGAUUGCUGUAGCAUACUCUCAUUAUGUUAUUGGAUACAGAUUGACAGAUUCCUGUGGAUGGUACGUAGCAUUCCAAUCACCGGUACAAGAAUCGAUGAUAGAGCGUAUAGCACUCAACGCCAAAACGGGAGGAGCGACGUCUGGAGGGAACAGCUCAGCUGGCACUGAUGUGAUGCUCGGCAUAUCGAGUGGUCCGCUAGUUAGGUUAUGGGCAUUUUCUACGCAUACCGAACCUGUUAGGAGGACAUUGAUCGGUACAUUCAACCUAGGUGUGCGUGUAGAACACCUGCUCUUCGUGGGCCCCCAGCUAGUGGCUCUCAGCGGUGCGGGCAGUCGCAGCAAAGCCGGCGUAUGGCACACAAGUACACAACAUUGGCAGACGCAAGAUGUCGCACAUCUAACUACUUACGAUACUGCCGGGUCAUUUCUACUGCUAGGAACUGCUACUGGCGCUGUUAAUUAUAUUGAUAUGCAAAAAUUCCCAUUGCGUAUGAAAGAUAAUGACUUACUUGUAACGCAACUUUACAAGGAUCCCAAUCAAGAGCCUAUUACCGCUAUCUCUGUCUAUCUCACGCCAAAAACGAGUUUAUGCGGCAACUGGCUAGAAAUAGCGUACGGUACGCGAUAUGGCUCCGUGCGUGUUAUUGUACAACACCCGGAGACAGUGGGGCAUGGACCACAGCUGUUCCAGACUUUCACUGUUCAUCAGAGUCCUGUUACUAAGGUAUCCCUUUCCGAAAACUACUUGAUCUCAGUAUGCAGCGAGUAUAACCACGUGCGUUCGUGGCGCGUGACUCGGUUCCGCGGGAUGAUCUCUACACAACCCGGUACUACGCCUAAGGCGGCAUUCAAAGUGCUCGCUUUGGAAGCACCUACUGCGCAAGCGCAUAAUGAUUGCGGGCCCUAUGGUGAACAAGAUGAAGAACAAAUAUUCAUCCAAAAAGUGGUUCCUGAUACGGAUACGUUGUACGUCCGUCUCGCUUCCAAUGGAAAAAGGGUGUGCACAAUCCGUUCUGUGGACGGGUCGCCCGUGUCGUGCUUCGUGGUGGCCGUGCAGUGCGAGGGCGCGCUGCGGCCGCGCCGCCUGCUGCUGUGCGGGCACCGCUCCGGCGCCGCGCAGAUGUGGGACCUCACCGCGCCCGUCGACAGGGCGGCCCGCCCCGCGCAGCCCGCCGCACCUAACGGUGAAGGUGACGAAUCACCAGUUGCGGACGGCGGUCCGUCCCCCGACGAGCUGGUUCGCUUGCUCUCCGCAUGCGACCUUGACACGUCCCCCGCUCCCCCCUCCCACCCCGCGCCUGUCCCGCCCACCCCCGCACUCCCCCCGUCCCCGCAGCGCCCCACACCCCCGCCGGCCCCCGCCCCCGCACCCUGAGUCCCGCACACGCUCUGCUCAAUAUUGCUCUGGAUACUGACGAGACAGUAUUCGUAACAAGGAUGAAUUACAUGUUUCAACUUUUAAAUGCAUAUAAAAAUAUUUUGUUCUAAAAAUAAAAUGUCUUAAAACUGUUGACUAGAUAUGAGAAAGGACAAAAAAAAACAUGGGGCUUAACUUGAUAUGUGGGAGGACCAUUCGUCGAUGUACAAAUGAUAUUUUCGUAUAGAUUGUUGAUUUGUAAAAUUUUCAUAUAUUGAAAUGCAAUUGGUUUUAGAUAGGUAUCAAUAUUGAGCAGCAGAUAUACUUUGUGUAUUGAAGUAUCAAGUAACCCAAUAGUUUUGAGUACGAGUCUCGCUAAUUAUGGCGCUACAAUGCCCAUUUGUAUGUAUAAAGUAAUCGCUAAUUUCAGAGGAUUAUGUUUUGCACCUUAAUAGUUAACUUUACAUACACCAAUGACCGAAGACACCAUCGAGAGGUGGUAUUUUGACCGAGACCAAAAAUAAAUAUAUAUAAAAAGGUACUCACUUUCCGAAAGAAUCUCACUUAUGUAAAAAUAACUAUAAAAUCAUUAUGUAUACUUAGCCUGGUGUAAUGGACAACCUGACUGACAGCUGACUGCAAGCUGACUCCGGUUAAUUAUUUACUUAGAUAUUUUUAAAUCUAUCUUAUCGGAAAAUGGACGAUAACAUUCCAAACUUUAAUUUCUCUCUCACUUUUAUCACAACAAAAACACUAGCCGGACAUAUUGUUACGGUUAAUUUUUAAAUGUUUAAAAAUAUGUAUUUGGAUGAUUAAAUGUAUUUAUAUUGAAUGAAAUUGCGAGUAUUUAAACGAUCUUUAAUUAUAAUAGAUAAUUUUAUCGUCUUGUUUACAAGUGUCACAAAUUAUAAACAUUUUAUAGAUCUUUCAAAAUGAAAACGUUGCGCUGUUAUGUAUUAUUAAUCAAUCAAUGUUUAUUAAACUCGUUUUCUUUGUUAAAGACUGAUAACCAAUGUGCUAAAGAGUCAAGAGGUGGCGUAAAUAUUGAGUCAAUAGUAUGCCCAUUGGCAUUUCGUUUGGUUUAUCUAUGACUGAACCAGAAAAGUAUUCAAAAUCUGUAAAAAAAAACUAUUACCUAAUGAGUAAGAUAGAAUGCAAUCGAUAAAAUCUAUAAACAUGAAUGUAAAGUUAAAAACAUUUCUCGACAUUCAAUUACUUACUCUGUACACAAUAUGGAUUUCUAAUA